UUCGUUUGUCAUUUGGUGAAUGCCAAGUCUGUGGGAUUUGUUGGAUAAGCAACUCGAUUCCAAACUUUUCCACGCACUCAAGAAUAGGGAAAACAACAACUUGUUCCAUUACUCCUUGUUUUACAGAGAAGAAGUGUCAAAGAUUUGCUUUUUCGGAGAUCGUUGGGGAGACUCAUCACAAACGUACUUUGUUCAGGUGUUUCACAACUCGAAUGAGAGAACUGUUGAAGAGGUCGAUAUUAUUGAUUGGAAUCAAGGAUUGCAAAAAGUAGAAUCAAAGAGGAAACAUACUAAACUGCAGCAUAAGCUUUCAGAAGAGUGUGCGGCAGAAGAGUUUGCAAAGGCAGACUUGAGACGUGGAGUUUGUCGUUUAUUCAUACAACAUCACAACUUUGCUUUCAUACAGAAGCAAGCUCAAGUAUUGUGGAAAUUGUUCAGAAUUCGUCUCGAUAAAAGUUCUUGUUCGGCUAGUCGAUGCUUUGAAGGAAAACCUAGUGUUCAGUCUUUUGAGGAGAUAUACAACAAGUUUGUGUUGGAUGUAGUCGGCGAGCUUUUUGGCUCUUUCGUUUUGAAAAAAGCCUGUUUGUUGACCCAUCUUUGGAUAGUGAACGAAGUUUUAACGGGAAUUGGGGAAGAACUGGAAGUAACACGAAGGAAGCAUAGAGAAUUCACCCAACAGUUAACUCGUUGUCUGGCAGUAUAUAUGUUUGAUAAAGAAAAGCGCAUUAGUCCUAUUGGAGGAAGGCGAUGUAUGCAAAGGGAGUUUUCUCGAAUUCAUGUGUACGGACGAUAUAUUCCUACUGGAGUGAGUGGUAGGAGACGAGGAACUGGUCGUUAUGUAGUACGAGGAUAUCUAGUAGAAGAGGCUUGGAUGAAAGACUUUUGUGAAAUUUUGAGAAAUGAUUUUGGUAUUAUUGUCCAUCUUUCUACAGAAGACAAGUUAGACUAUCGUGAUCGUUAUCAAGUGACCAGUUUUCCUCAUUGCAACAGUAGUAGUAGUAGUUCAUAUAUGUCGCAUUGGGCUGAACUCCAUUCGGAACUGGAAAAGUAUAGAGACAAGUUGGAUAUGUAUCUUGAAAGUCGAUUCGGAUUGGAUUGGAAGUCUUUCUUUCGUCAAGUGCUUCAAAGAGUACAUAUACGUUGGUUGAAAAACUGUGAAGAAGAAGAAAGAAGACGACUAGCUCUGAUUGCAGAAGAAUAUCUGUUCUGGAAGAGAUUACAAAUGGAAAUAAUCAACAAGUAUUUAUAUUUAGAAAAUUGUGGCUCUUUGCAACAGAUUGGAAGUCUCCGUGCUUUUCAACAUUGUGAAUAUUUAUUAUAUUCUGUUGAGUUGCCAGCAGAAUUGCAAGAACGAAUGGAAAAUAUUCGACGAAAAAGAAAUCAACUAUACAAGUUUACACUUUCAAGUAUCGAAAUCACUAACUAAUGGAAAUGAAAUAAAUGAAAUUGUGAAAUA